AUGGCUGCCAGUCAAGGAUUGAAUGACGACCUAAUCAGUUCUAUCUUAAAUCACGAAUCUGGUGAUGAAGAAGAGGGAGAUGUGAUAAAUCAAAGUCAGUUAGCAGAAUUAUCUGAUGAUGAACCCGAUGGUCUUAUAGAAGAUUUUCGCAUAAACGAAGACGAAGAUGCUGUUUUUGAUACCUGUGAGAAAGCACCUACGGAUUCGGCCUUAGACACAGAGAUUGAUAAUAGUGAUGAUGAGAUGACUUUACAUGAAUUAUCACAAGAUUUGAGAAGGAAAGGAAAAGUAAAAGUUUUAGAGGUGCCAAGGGUUCUUUAUGGAAAAGGAAAGAAUAAGAGACAUAAAUGGAGUGGUGAACAACCAAUAAGACGUCGCAUUGCUCAACGAAACAUCAUUUUGCAUGUGAUGGGUAACAAGGGCGCAGCUAAAGAUAUUACAAAUCCGAUACAGGGUUGGUCUCUUUAUUUUACCAAUGAAGUAUUGGGCAAAAUUGUAGAACACACAAAUGCGGAAAUUGCAGUACAGCAAAAGAAUUAUAAAGGUUUUCAAGAAGAAGAGGGUGAAGAAGUUAUCGGAUCAUCGUCAAGCACGCUUUCGUUUGUAAAACUGGUAUCACUGACUGAAUUAAAGGCCUUAUUCGGCCUUUAUUAUUUAGCAGGCGUUUUCAAAAUGAAUGAUAUGAACACCAAGGAAAUCUUUGACAAACAUUCUGGAGUGGCACUUUUUAGAGCUACAAUGAGCCGUUGUAGAUUUGAGUUUUUGACAAACUGUCUUCGGUUUGACGACAAACAGACUCGUGAAGAACGUCGUGUAAACGAUCGCUUGGCCCCAAUCAGAGAGAUUUUUGAUCAAAUUAUUGUAAGUUGUGAAGAAUUAUACUCGCCAUCUGAUUGUUGCACUAUUGACGAACAACUAUUGUCAUUCCGUGGGCGAUGUCUCUUCAAAAUGUAUAUACCUUCAAAACCAGAUAAGUACGGGAUUAAAAUUUUAAUGAUUUGUGAUGCAAAAACCGCUUACAUGUUGAAAGCUAUUGUGUAUGUAGGUCAGACAAAUGCACCGCCAAACUUAUCAAUUCCUGAGUAUUAUGUUGUUGAACUUUCAAGGCCAAUAGAAAGGUCUCGUCGUAAUAUUACGAUGGAUAAUUGGUUCACCAGCAUCCCCUUAGCCAAGAAAUUACUAGAAAAAGACUUGACCUUGGUUGGAACGACACGCAAAAAUAAGAGUGAGAUACCACAAUCAUUUUUAGAGUUAACAGGUCGUGAACAAAAUACUGCUAUGUUUGCAUAUGAUGGAGCGCUAACACUUUUAUCAUAUUGUCCACCUAAAAAAUCUCAUAAAAAAGUUGUGAUUAUGCUUUCAACUCUCCAUGAUACUCCAGAUAAAAGCAACGAAGUUCAAUUGCCAGAAAUUAUACAUUUUUAUAACAAAACAAAAGGAGGGGUGGACGUUUUCGACGCAAUGGCCAAAAAAUACUCUGUCCAAAGAAAAACCAAACGUUGGCCAUUGGCCUUAUUUUAUGGGUUGUUGAAUGCAGUGGGUAUUAACUCCUGGGUCCUCUACAAGUGUUCAAGAGCAAAUAAUAAAGCAAACAUAAAGUUCAGACGCACUUUUUUGAAAAAAUUAGGCUUAGGUCUCAUUGGUGAACAUUUGGAGGAACGUUUUCAAAAACCGAUUUUGAGGAGGGAUAUAAAAGAUUCCAUUGCAGCUAUCCUCAAAAAAACACCGGAUUUUCCCAGGUCUGUUCCUGUACAGCAGACACAAGGACGUUGUGGCUUUUGUCCAAGAUCUAAAGACAGAAAAAGUAAAACGAUGUGCCAUAAGUGUAAAAUACCCAUUUGUUUGGAACAUCAGAUUAAAGUCUGUGAAAAAUGCUCAAUUUAA